AAGUUUUCCCGCCUCUGACGAUGACUGGGCGGGCUCCGUGCUUGAGUCUGGGCGGACUGUGCCCAAACCAUGAUGGCGGCAGCAGCAGCAGCGGCGGAGCGGGGCGGCGGCGGUCCCGGUUCUUCUCCUCCCGGCUCCUCGCAGCCCGCGGUGGAUUACUCGGUGCUGGUGGUGGUCGGAGUGCUGCAGCCCGCCGGUUUGCUGGAGCGGGUUCUGUGGCAGAUAGACUCCGGUGAGUUUCCGUUAAGUUAACCGGCAGUGGAGGCACAGAAGGGAAGUGAGCGGAGCCUUUCAGAAUAAAAGCCCCAAACUGACGUCAUUGCUGCUGUUGUGCUGCUGUUAGUCGAAAUGUUAUCUUUAUUGUUCAUCACAGCGGGGUUUAUGUAUGUUUUAGAGUAAAAUCAAUGUCCGACGAGCGUUUUCACAAUAUACGUGGGUCAAACUUCGCUUCAAACUUUUCUGGGACACAAAGAUGAACGUAGCACGCGCUAACCUAAUAACGUGGACCGUACGGAGCUAACUUUGCUUCCUCUGUAGUUUCCCUCUGAGUUUAGAGUUCACUCAGACACACACAGAGCCGUUUCUGUGGAGAUAAACUCGUGUUUAAGGUCGUUUCUCAGAGUUAAGUACUUGUUCGUGUUUGCAGUUUAAUGUAACGGGUCACAGUUUUCAUUGCGUCUGUCCGCCAUGCAGGGGCGUGUACAAAGGGGCGACGUAGUGGGGUCCCCCUCUUAGGCACAGUUGGCCACCUCAAAACUCUUUACACAACAAUAUUUUUAUUAGUUUUAUACAGAUUAAUACAGUACAGCUCUUGAAACAGCACGAUACAAAGGAAACACAUCAGAUAGAUAGAAAGAUAUUUUAUUGUGAUUGUGAAAAGCACAACGAAAUUAAAAAGUGCCUUUACAGCCAGUGCAUUAAAAAAGGACAAUAAAAUAUUAGAUAGCAAAACAGUAAAACCAGUGCAGAGUUAAAACUAGUAAAAUAAUUUAAAAAAAUAAUUUAAACAAUAAAAAUUAUGUUCAAAAGUUAAAUUUUUGAAUUGAAUUGAAUUUUAAAAAUGUAAUUAUUAUUUAAAAAAUAAUUAAAAUAAUAAAACACCCCCUUUCCCUAAAGAGCCUGUCUACUGAUGGAUAUUCCUAUUAUUGUGCUUAAAUAACCAAAUCUGGAGCUAAAACAAAUAAACAACAAAAAGUAAAUGCUGGAAUUUGGGUUUUGUAGAUCUUGAAUUAUAUAAGACGUUGAGAAAUAAAAAGUAAGAAAAUAAGUUAAAUGAACUACUGUAUGUUAAGAGAAAUACAAAUGUAGACAAGUCACUGAAAACUGAAGAAGUCCAUAAAAGAGAAAAGAAUUUAAAUUAUAUGAUUAUAAAACAUCACAGAUAUUUCAAAAAGAAAACAACUAGAAGAGGAGAGUUUCUGAAUGUGGUCCAGAAAAGGUCCCCAAACCUUUUUGAAUUUUUCGUCAUCACCUGCGACCGAGUAACGAAUCUUCUCAAGAUCUAAACAAGAAGUAAGGUCUGUCAGCCCACCUCAAAACUUUCACCGUGAAAUUUGCUUUUUGAGCAUUUUAAAAACAGGCCACAGCAAGCUUUGUGUGAAUGUGAAUGUGUUAUUAAGUUGCUGAGAAUUUAUUACAUUUUUAUAUUAAUAUUUAUUAAAUAAGGAGAAGAAACUAGGAAGUCUAGCAUUACAGUAAAUCCCCCGAAAACUUUACAGCAUCAAAUGUUGACACUCUGUAGUGUCACAUUUGAAUGAAUAGAGAAAAUAUUUAACAUCUGAGCACAACAUCUUCAUACUCUUUAUUUUCCAUGGAGUUAAAACAACGUUCAAACAGUUUAAAAUGAGGAAUAAAGACACGAAUUUGAAGAGGUUCAGGGAUGAGGAAGGUGUUGGAUCAUACUAAGUGUGAUGAGGUUUUUGUUUCUUUUGUUUUAUUUUUUGUUGUUUUUAUGUGUGUGCUGUAUUAAUGUAGGUUUUGUUUUUGUAAAACAAAGUCAUGAACGUACUUUAUUUAUCUAUAUUUAUCAGGUACAUCUAAACAAGUUGAAGGAAGCUUGGUGUGGGCUCUUCUUAUUUAAAGGGAAGGGGUGGGAGUUCAUGAGUUAUUCUUCUUCUCACUCCUUUUCGAACAUAUAUUUCUAUGUUUUAUGUUUAAAUGUUUUGCCUUAAUAUUUUUGGUUUAUUCGAAAUAAACUUCAAUUAAUCAAUCAAUCAAAAUUCAGGGAAGUUAAAGAAAUAAAAUUAGUUGAGAAAAGAAGGGUAAACAGAUAUUGUUCAUGUAACUGUGUGUCCACACACUUCACACCACCCCCGCAUCGUCGGACACGAGUACAGAAACUGUGAAGGUUUCCCUGCUGCAGCUCAGCAGCUGCUUCAUGUUUGAAGAUAAAUUUAGAGGUGAUAUCAGAGCAGACUGUCCGGACAUCCUGUCAGACACACCGGGCACAGUUUCAGACUUUUAUGUGAGAAGUUUUCGUAGGAACUUUGGCAGAAACUCACUCUGACCCUCAGUUUGGUUGGUUGUUUCAGCUGUGAGUGUGUUAUUUUGGGUUAAUCAGAUUUUCACACCGUGGUUAACCCGCAGCGCUCGCUGCUGUUUAGCUGUUCGCACACAGACACUUCGCUGACGCCAUAUAUAGAUGUGAGGAAAACAUUCGGUCAUCUUAGCCCUGAGUACGAUCACUUUUAAAGAAUCAUCUCUGUUUAACACUGAAAGAAGCUGCAACAGUUUUUCUCUGGGGUGCUUUUAUUUUGAAAAUCCCUCCCACUGGCUGUUGUGCAUUUAUGUAAACUUGACCUGUGUGUUUUUUUUUGUGUUUUGUUCAGUAAAAGUAGGUUAACAGAGUGAGUACAGCUUCAUAAUCCUGUUACCUCAUCUGCAUUUCACUUGAUUAGAAUGAUCUAAUUCAGCCGCCGUGAUCCUCGGCGUGUUAAUUAUAACUGUUUAUAAUCACAGGAUGAAUGAGCAGCUUUAUUGUGAUAAUCAGAUUAGUGAGGUGUCGAUUUCACCCUGCUGUGAGUUUGUGCAGAAACAGAGCGAGGUCGAAGUGAUGGAGUAAAUCUAACCCCUCUGUUUGGGUGGAAUAAACUGCAGCUGCACUAAAUUAAUGAUGUUCACGUUUGCUUUUUUAUAUCCAAGAUGUCAGACGGGACAGGAUCUGACUCCACGGUGACAGUUUUUAUCUUUUUAUCUCUGCUACAUGUGAUCGGAAACGUUCACAGUUAUCAGCAUUAUCAGUUAAUGUGUAUAACUGUCACUUUAAAUGUCAAAUCUGUAAAUUAAAGCCUUUUUUUUUUGCUCUCAGUUCUCUGAUGAUGAAUCCCCUCUUUACAUCACUGUUAAGAAGAAUGAUCUGUUCGAUGAAAUAUGCAGCUGUAUUUGUUUGUUUUCUGUCACGAGGCACGGAGCAGGAAAACACUGAUAUGAGGGUUUGCUGCCGGGGAGUCACGCCCACUUGCUCGGUGUUUGCAGAGGGUCUGUGAUUACGUGUGCUCCGGCUGCUGAUAUUGUUUGAAAUAAUGGAAAGGGUUCACGGUUUUCAGCCUUUCAGUCCUAAAGUCAAAGAUUAGCAGCAUAACACUGUUGUGAAGGGAGAUACGACACGUCUCAGUCUGUUCAGAGUCCUGAUGACAGUGUGGAGCUGAGGUAGGGCGGCUCGGAAAGCAUAUUGAUCAUGUUUUAUUUUGAUAUUGAGGGGAAUUAAUUUUAUAUCGUUAUUUUUUUAUCACCCGGCCCUAAUGUCAGGACAUUUAGCUUCGUUUAAAUCGUAUUAAUUAGUGCACGUUAACGAAAACUCUUUAGUUCAGUUUUGGGGUUCCACAGGGCUCAGAGUUAGGACCAAUCCUUUUCAUCUUAUGUAUUCUUCUUCAAGAUAACAUUAUCUGGAAACAGUUCAUGAAUGUUCACCACCAUGCAGAUGACACUCAGUCAGAACAUUUCCAUGACACUCGAGAAAACCGAAUUAUCGCCUUAUUCCAAUUAAGACUGGACAACUGAAGGUCAUGUAAACACCUUAGUCCGACUAUAAUCAGAGUUUGAGAACUACGAUUAUAGUCAGAGAACUCCGAAAUCUGAGGGACGAAGUUUAAAAGACAUUUAAGGGUUAAAAUGAUCGGAAAUAAAACUGAUUUUUAUGGUUUUCAGAUGAUUUCAAACCAACGUUGUCCAACAGGUUAGUCACAUGACUCUGGAGUGGAAAUCUACGCAUGGAAAGUCCAGUUAGAAAUCAUUCAGUCUGUUUCCAUGACGCUUGAGAAAACCGAAUUAUUGCCUUAUUCCGAUUAAAACUGGACAACUGAAGGUCAUGUAAACACCUUAGAACUCUGAUUAAGACACCCAGAUAAUGUGAUUGGAAUCCGAUUUUCUCUACCAUGUAACCAGCGUAGUCGGAGUAUGAUCGGAUGAUGUGUGUACGCGUGCUCCCUGGAACAAAACCCCCAGAGUAGAGGAGUAGCGUUGGUCUCAUCUUUAGAAAAAGUAGCGCGUCCAUCAUGUCGGACAAAAACAACGCUGUACGAUGCUCCAUCUUCUUGUUUCUCCAAAAUGCCCAGCAGCAGUUGUAGACACUUCUGACGUCUGACACCGACCUGCUGUUGUUGUUGACGGUUGGAUGGGGUCGGAAACAGCGCCGCUGAAAAGACCCAUAUCGCCCCCUAGUGUUGGGGAGGAGGACACGUUCACGUCAAUAAUUCGAUUUUCUCAGCUGCAUGUAAACGAGGACGAGGAGAGAAGUCUGAUUUGGCGAAACCAAGUCCGAUUAAACUGUGAAUGUAAACGUACUGACUAACAAAGACCAGGAUGACCUGAAACUUUCUGCUCCUCUAUCCUGACAAAACUGAAGUUCCUGUUCUCAGAGAGACACUUUCUAACGAUAUCACUGCAGUCGAUGAUCUCUUAGCCUCCCAUGAGCUCAAAUAUUGACCACACUGAUUAUUUCAUAAAGUCAGUGAUCGGCCUGACUGACCAAUCGGUCUGUUUCUGGUCUGUAUCCUCACACAGACACUCCUACACACAGACUAAAUGACCUCAUUAAUCUUCACAUUUACAGCCGAUCAUGUUUUCAUCCAUGAGUGAUGCUGCAGAAUCGGUCUGUGUGUUUAAUGUUUCAGAGACAGUCAGAGGACUGAGCUCUGAACCAGCUGUUCACAAUGAUCCUACUGUGACUGCACACACACACACGCACACACACACACACACACAGUCUGCCCUGAGCACCUUGUGUAAGAGCUGUUGAAACAGGCGGACCUGUGGCAGCAGCAGCAGACUGUAUCUCAGUGUUUUUACAGCCUGUUAUCAGCCUGUUUCUGCCCACUCCCUGUGUGUGUGUGUUCAGUGUGUGUGUUCAGUGUGUGUGUGUUCAGGUUGGUUUUCUGCCUGCUGAUACAAAGAGGAAGUGGCGUUUCUAAAUAUCUUGAGCUUCCUGUUUGCUGAGGAGGAAACAGGUCAUGUGACAGAGAUAGGAGGAAACAUGGGGGGAGGUCUCACUCUGAUCUCUGACCUCUCGUUGGACCUUCUGGGUGUCUCCAUCUGGAGAGUUUGGACUAGUUUGGGUUAGAUCAUGUUGUGUUAAAGAGUGAGACCGUAAACUUUUACUGAGGGAAUAAAUCAAGAGAGAAGGGGAACCGUAUCCUCAGACUGAAAACAGAAGUGUAAAAUGAUUGGUCGUCUGUGUGUGGUAAACGCCAUCUGCUCUCUAUCCCAUCAUAAAGAUAUCUGUGUUUGUGUGUUUGUGUGUGUUCAGGUGUGCGGUGCUGGCCCGUCGACCUGCAGGUUUCUGUCCUGGACCAGCAGCUGAAGCUUUUCGUGUCCAGACACUCGGCCUUCCUGUCAGAGGAUGUCCCAGGUGAGCACAGACCCCACCCCAGGUGACGUCCACCCCACACACACAGACCUGAUCAGAGAGUCUGAUUGGAGUUCAAACAUGAUCACAUGACUCUGAGAUCGAUCGUGUCAUCGUAUGUGAGUUAAUGUUAAUGUGUUUGUUUACAGGAAGUGGUUAGUGUGAGUGAGACUCAUGAACACAGUCAGCUGAGACUCUGCUGAACAGCCUGCAGACACACACACACACACACACACACAGAGUAAAGUUCAGUGUGAGAGCUGAAGGCCUCUCUUUAACUAAAUAAUCAGGCUGAACCCGUCAGAUCGUCUCUGUGGUUGGGUUACCUGUGCAGGUACGCUGUGUCCUCGAUGUCGGGAAUGAAAUGUGGAGCAGAAUUCAGGUCAAUAUUUACCUGCGAGGUGUUCAAACGGCAGAAAGACAGAACCGGCAAAUGUCAGCCUCGUCUUCAGUCGCAGUAAACAGCUGAUGUCUCUGUGUCGCCCCCUGCAGGUCAGAGGACUCUGCAGCACCGCGGGGACGUGUUGGACGCUCAGGUGGUCGUGAAUCCGGCUCACGACUUCGUCUGCUCUGAGGUGAGACAGACAGACAGACAGACAGACAGACAGACUGUGUGUGUGUGUGUGUGUGUGUGUGUGUGUGUGUGUGUGUGUGUGUGUGCGUGCGUGUGUCCUGAUCAGCCCUCUGCAAACAGUCUGAACACUGUGAUUUUAUUCGUCCUCUUCAGUCCAUGAACUGCAUAUGAGAAGUGGGCGUGGUCAGUGAUACCUUUUAUAAACAGUGAGACGCCCCCUGCUGGACAUUCGAUUUCUCAAACUCAGUUCAGUGAUGAUGUGUUUCCUGUGAUGAUGUGUUUCCUGCGUGUUGCGUUCAGGUGCGACGGCUGCUCUGUGAUUCGUCGCGUCAUAAGCUGCUGGUCCUGGCGGGUCAGUGCGUGGAGGAGAGCGGCGACAUCGUGUUACAGAGAGGAAGAUUCUCGCUGACGGACCUCGUCCACAUCCUGUCUGAUCCAGAGGUCAGCAGACACACACAAAAAAAAAACAGUCAGAAACAGGCAGUAAACAUCAGACACAGUCAGCAACAGUGACUGUCACAAAUAGUCAGUAAAAGUAAGAAACAGUCAGUAUAAGUCAGAAACAGUCAGUAAAAAUCAGAAACAGGCGGGUAAUGUCAGAAACAGUCAGAAACAGUGAAUGUCAGAAACAGUCAGUAAAAUGCUGAAACGGUUAAUGUCAGAAACAGUCAGUAAAAAUGAAAAAGAGUCAGUAAGAUUCAGAAACAGUCAGUAAAAGUCAGAAACAGGUGGGUAAUGUCAAAAACAGUCAGAAAGAGUGAAUGUCAGAAACAGGCAGUAAAAAUGAAAAAGAGUCAGUAAGAUUCAGAAACAGUCAGUUCAUGUCAGAAACAGUCAGUUAAAGUCAGAAACAGUCAGAAACACUAAAUAUCAGAAACAGUCAGUAAAUGUCAGAAACAGUAAAAGUCAGAAUCAGGCUGUAAAAGUUAAAGACAGUAAGAGUCAGGAACAGUUAGUUUAAAUCAGAAACAGUCAGUUAGUAAAUAUCAGAAACAGGCAGUGAAAGUCAGAAACAGGCAUUAAAAGUCAGAAACAGGCAGUAAAUGUCAGAAACAAGCUGAAAAGUCAGAAACAGGCAGUAAAAGUCAGAAACAGUCAGAAACAGUAAAAAUUAGAAACUGUUGGCAAAGGUCUUAAACCUUUAGUAAAUGUCAGAAACAGUCAGUAAAUGUCAAAAACAGUCGAUAAACAUCAGAAACCUUCAGUAAACAUCAGAAAUAGUCAGAUAGUGUCAGAAACAGUCAGUAAAAGUCUAAAAUCUUCAGUAAACAUCAGAAAAAGUUAGUAAAAGUCAUAAACAGGCAGUAAAAGUCAGAAACAGGCAGUAAAUGUCAGGAAACAGUCAGUAAAAGUCUAAAAUUUUCAGUUAACAUCAGAAAAACAGAAAAUGUCAGAAACUGUUGGCAAAUGUCUGAAACAGUCAGUAAAUGUCAGAAACAGUUGGCAAUGGUCUUAAACCUUCAGUUAAUGUUAGAAACAGUCAGUAAAUGUCAGAAACAGUCAUCCCACUUGAAGACUUUAGUGAAGAGAGUUCCUCUUCCAACCACUUCGAUGUUAUUUUCACAGAAAAAUCCAGAAUCUGUAAUUCCAGCUAAAAAAUGUGACCCUGUUAUUUAUUCUGAGAAAUCUGUGAAAACAGAAAACAGCCUGAGGGUAUGAACUGUGACAUGUUUCUGCGAGGCUGUUUUUCUGUAAAUCUUCUCUAACCGUGGUCCGUCUCUGUAGUUCAGUGUUUAUUGUGUUUGUCCUGCUCUGACCACAGCGAGUCUUUGUCCGUCUGUUUGUCUCUGAGCUCAGGGUCUGCCGUUAUCUUCACUGUAGGAGGAAGUUCUUGUUGUUGUGUGUUCUCGAUAUUUCCUGACUUACUUACAGCCUGAUCGUUGUUGGUGGAGGUGUUCAGGCCCUCCAGCAGGUAUGUCUCUGAUACAGAUGGAGCACCAGCAGGACAGGUUUUCCACACAGACUGGAUAAAGUCAUGAAACUGGUUCAGAAGUUCAGUGUCAGUCAGCUGUUCUGACAAGAGAACCCCCCCUGAUUUCUCAUGCAGUUCCUCUCUGUUGCAGGUGGGGGAGCAGUUGCGCUCUGCAGACCCGGCAGUGAAGGCCAGCCUCACCCUCAGCUGUCCACAGUAUGGCGUUUGGAAGGACUGUGUGUUGGAGAAAGAAAACCUGCAGGACUUCAUCGACAUCCAGAUCAACCCUCCUCCUCUUCACCCAGAGAUGGAGGGUCUCCACGAGUUCACCGAGUACCUCUCCGAGUCUCUGGAGCUCGAGUCGCCAUUUGAUCUCCUGGAGCCCCCGAGCACCGUAGGCUUCCUGAAGCUGUCCCGGCCCUGCUGCUAUAUCUUCCCGGGGGGGCGGGGCGACUCCGCCUUCUUCGCUGUAAACGGUUUUAACAUCCUGGUGAAUGGCGGCUCUGAUCCGCGCUCCUGCUUCUGGAAACUGGUGCGACACCUGGACAGGAUCGACUCCGUGCUCCUGACUCACAUCGGCGUGGACAACCUGCCGGGGGUGAACAGUCUGCUGAUGAGGAAGGUGGCGGAGCAGCAGGAGGAGGAGCCUGCUGAGGAGGACUGGAUGAAGAACCUGAUCUCCCCUGAGGUCGGGGUGGUCUUCUUGAACGCUCCCGACAGGUUGAAGUCCAUUCAGGGAGAUUCUGGCGAGAUGCGGAGCUGUGACCAGGCGGCGCUCACUCUGCAGCACUUACAAAGACUGGAAAUCAAACCCGAACCUCUGAGCCGGUCUAACGGACCUACCAUAGACCCGGUGAUCCUGUUCCAGAAGAUGGGAGUGGGCCGCCUGGAGCUGUACACGCUGAAUCCGGUCAGUGGAAGCAAAAACCUGGAGGCUCUGAUGCAGACUUGGCCAAAUAACGGGUCUCACGUGAAGGGUUCCGACCUCCCGCUGCCGUGCCUUGUUUCCAUUUGUGCUUUGCUGGUCUGGCACCCAUCCAGUCCUCAGGACAAGAUCAUUAGAGUCCUUUUCCCAGGGUGCACCCCACAGACCAAAAUCCUGGAGGGACUAGAGAAACUCAAACAUCUGGAUUUUCUCAAACACCCAUCCGUGUCUUUGAAGGACUUAGAGACGCCCAAAACGGAGAGACAACCAAAAAGAGCAGAAAGUCGAGAAAGCCUUAAGUCGCAGUCCAAGGAGGUCCGGAUCAUCAGUGCCUUACCGAAAGACAAACCGGGACGAGUGGACGUCAAAAAACAGGAGGUGAAGAUGAAGCCAAAGGCAGCAGAGGAGAAGCCCAAACCGAAGGAGACAGACGCCAAAUCAAAGCUGCAGAAACCUGCGGAAAAGCUCGUCCCAAAGAAAGACGUGUCAAAAGACGAGAAGAAGGAGGUGAAGAAGGAGGAAAAGAAGAUUCCUGUGACUGCAGGGAAGAAAGAAGAGAGCGCAGAGAAGAAGAAAGAGGCGGUUAAGAAGGAAAGUUUGAGUUUGAAACCAAAGAAGGACGUCAAACCUGAACCAAAAAAAGACAGCAAGAAGGAUGUCAAAACGGAGGACAAGAGGACGACAAAACCAGCCGUCAAAGACGUGAAGAAAGCGACGGGCGGAGCGUCGACGGCGAGUACAGACGUGAAAAAAGCUCCGGGUAAGAGCGGGACUCUGAAGAAGGAGGGGACUCUGCAGAGAAAAGGGACCAAAGGUAAACCAGGUUCUGCAGAGCAGGGGAACCAGAAGGACGGCUCAAAGGUGUCCACUCCAGAGGACAUGACGGCGGAGUUCGAGAGACUUCGACUCGAGGACCACAACGGGAACAACGGCCAAAACUCAGAGGUCACAGCAGUCCUGAACUCUGACGGAGGAAAAGCCAACGGGAACCAACCCGCCAACGUGGAGAGUCCAGAGAAGUUCCGCAGCCAGGAGACGGACCAGGACCAGGCCAAGGACCGCCUCAGCGCCGACUUUGACCUGUCCAAGCCAGUCCAGGACUCUCUGAAGAACGGACAGGACGACGUCUGCGUGAGCCCAGAGGAAAAAACCCUGGAGCUGGUCUCCCCUGAGGAAGACACUCAGGGAUCAGGGGACCACAACCAGGGAGGUUCUUGUAGGACAUCAGACUUUGGUUCCCUGAGAGACGGUCUGGAAAACUCCAUGUCCCCUCAGGACAAACAGUCCGGCCUCCUGAUGCUCAGUCCCGUCAGAAACUCCUCCUCCACCCUGACCUCCAUGCCGGCGGAGAUCGGCUCCCCUCACUCCACAGAGGUGGACGAGUCCUUGUCGGUCUCUUUGGAGCAGGUGGCGUCCCCCAAAGGACUCCUGGGGGACAGGGUCUACUCGAACGGACACGCAAGUGACUCGGACUCGAACACGGGGAUGAUCUUACCUCUGAGGUCAAACCAUAACGGGCGCUGUGGAGACGGAUCAGAGGAGCACAUCCACACGCUGUCGGAGCUGAUCUCAGAUGUCCCUCACGAUGUGGACCUCUGUCUGGUGUCCCCCUGUGAGUUCCAGCACCCGAAGACCUCAGAGAACCACCAACAGGGUGUCGGUCCACAUCCCACCUCCGGUACUUCUCCAGACCUCUCUGACAACAUCAACCAAUCACAAGACCUGAGCAGCAGCAACUGUCCCUCAGCCUACAGCCAGGAGACUCCGCCCACAUCUGUCAGCGAGUCCCUCACCACGGCCACAGACUCUGACGUCCCCCCCGGGACAGAGGACUGUCCCUCCAUCACAGCAGACAUGGACUCUGAUGAUGAUUCCAGCGGACUGAACCUGCCUGAUCAUCCCAGUCCACGUCCGUUAUCUUACAGGGCGGGACAGCUGUCCUCACACGACCCGCCCCCGGCCCCCGUCAAAGACCUGCCCCCCUUACCCCCCCAGCGUGGAGCCUGCAUGGCUGACUCUGAGGCUGAUGGAUCCACCAAGAACCUGAAGAGUUUGGCCGCAAAGACCAAGAAACCGACCGGGACGCUCCAGAAACCAACAUCUACGGCGGCGCCGAGCAAGAUCAAGACCAGCUCCACCGGGUCCCUGAGGACCGCCUCCAGCUUUGACGCCAAACCCUCAGCCAGAAACUCACUGGGAGGGUCCAAGAUUGGAGCCCCUAGACCUUCAUCCACAGGUAGGUGGGCUCAGAGAAGAGGGUCUAAGAUGACGGCAGGACUGAGGGUUAAAAAUGGCGGUUAGUGGUCCUUGAUUGGCUCUCGUGUUUGACCAAUCAGGACAAGUCUUUUUACCACGUUCAGAUUUAUCUGUUUGGAGAGUUUUAUCGAAGUUCUCUGCUCUCCUCACAGGAACCAAAGCUGCAGGUUCUACAGGUUCUGCAGGUUCUGUCUACGUGGACCUGGCCUACCUGCCGUCCGGGUGUGCGUCCUCCUCGGUGGACCAGGACUUCUUCAGACGUCUCCGCUCGUCUCAUUACAUCAUCAGCGGAGAUGAUCAUAUGAAGGCCAAGACCAUGAGGACCCUCCUGGAUGCUCUGCUGGAGGGGAAGUCCAGUUGGCCCGAGGUCCAGGUCUGUGGAACUCUCCGCCAUGUUUGCUCGACUUGUUUUCCCAUGAUCUGCGCUCUGAUUGGUCCUUUUCUUCGUCUUCCACCAGGUGACGCUGAUCCCGACGUUCGAUUCGGUGGUGAUGCACGAGUGGUACCAGGAGACGCACGACCGGCAGAGGGAGCUGUCAAUCACCGUGUUGGGUAGCAACAGCACCGUCGCCAUGCAGGAGGAGACCUUCCCAGCCUGUAAGGUGGAGUUUUAAGCUCGAAGCCCCGCCCACCUCAAAGACGGACCCGAAGACCAAGAGAGGGAGAGUAGACUUUCAUUGUUGCCAUGGUUACAUUGAAUAGAGACCAAUGACGGGACGUAUGAAAGCCCCGCCCCCUUCUGGAGAGUGAUUUUAGUGAGCAUGCUCAGUCGCUGCACAGCCCUCACUGUUCACCCACAGGUAGACGAACAGGAAGUCCAAUUUAAGACGACCGGUUCUAUCCUGUAUUUCCUGUUUCUGUGUGACAUCACUGCACGGUAAGGGUAUUUAUUUUGUAGGAUGGUACCUGAAGGUCCCGCCUCCUUCGCCUCUGAUUGGCUAGAAAAGCUGGGCUCCGAUUGGUUGUGAAACGGGUUAGGAGAGUUAAUGUUCUGUUGGAUGCUUUUCCAGCCAAUCAGAGGCGAAGAUGGGCUGGACCUUCCCCACCAUCCUACGAAAAAAAAACAUCCUGCGCACGGUAACCACCUGUCACGAUGUGUCACUUCCUGUCUGCUGGAUCAGGACCUUUUAGCUCACCUGUGGACCAAUGUUAGCGUGAUGUUCACGGACUCCGAGUCCCUCUGAGGUCGUAAAAAAUGACAUUUGGAGUUUUUGAUUUCAGAUUAAUCUAGAAACCGCCGUCAGUCCAGUUAGAAAACCGCCAUGUUUAACUGUCUGAGAUCUUCCUCAUGUGAUCAUCUCACGUUUGAAGAUCUCAUAAUUUCACAGUUUGUUAAUAUAAGAUAAAAACGAAAACAACAGGAUCUUUAUUCGAUGAGGAUAUCCGUGAAUCCUCGUCAGGCUGCCUUAGAGUGACCUCUGUAUCAGGUCAUUUUUCAUCUUUAGAUGUUUUUAUAUCUGAAUUUUUAGUUUUCAUCGUGUUUUAGUUACGAGUGUUUUAACAGGACGUGAGCGGUGUCCUUGUUUCUGAUCCGGCAGACACCGACGUGAAGUUUGAGGAGAUAAUCCGGGACCACACCUUCUUCUUCUACUGUUUUAUCAAAUGCUGUUUGAUCUCAGAUCAGAUUUUGUGAAGGAAAAUCACUUUAAAAAUUUUACACGAGGACUUUUUUUCCUUUGAGAAUUUUUUUAGUUUUUAUGUUUUUCGAUCUAAAUCCUACAUUUCCCAGGAGCCUCAGCUUCUGGAUGUUAUUUUAAAGGAGACCUGUUGUACUCGUCUGACACCAGUAGAGAAGAUCUGCAUGAUUUGCUGCUUUAAAAGACUUUAUAUUUAUCUCUGUAAAAGCCGUUUUUCCACUUUAGCUGCUUUUCCACGGGUAGGAAGUGAGACACGGUCAGUGGGUGUUACUUUUUACACAGCUUUGUAGUCCUGAAACAGCGCAUUAGUAAUCUGAAUGUGUAAAGCUACAGAUAAUGAGUUGGUAUUAGAUAAUUUUGUAUACUGUAAUGCGGUUAUUAUUCAGACAUUUCUGAAGGACGUCAGUUUCUCUAUGAUGUGGUUAUCUGACGCAGCGCGCUUCUACAGCCUGGCAGUUUUACCCCCAACUGUUAGAAAGUUCAACGAAACUUCUGGGUGUUACUAAUUACACAGCUUUAAAGUCGUACAACAGUCUUAAAGUUCUGUCUUUAUAGUAAAUGUCCGAGAUCUGCUGUUUGUGCCCACCUUAGACUGUACGAAACAGACAUAGUCAUUGCGACUUCACCUGAAGUGAAGUACUUUUGCAGCCAGCCUCUAGUGGACACAAUAGGAACUGCAGCUGUUAGUUGCGAGAAAAAAUAUCUGUUGAUGUCCUGAAAACGAUCCAAACUUCCCGCAGUUUUCUGUAGGGAAAAUAUCUGAGACUUUCCAAAAGAGGACUGAGAGAGACUUAGCUAAAGGUUUAGUAAGUAUAUCCAACAUUUUAACGUCGUAUAUGUGUGUAUAUAUAUAUAUAACACAGAUUAGCAGAACAGGUCUCCUUUAAAUUAACCUGAAGUUAGUUAAAUGUGUGAAUCUGUUCAAUAAAUCCUAGAAACCUCAGCCUGUGCUGCAGCUCCCUGAUUGGACGGUUCAUACAGCAGGGCUUUCUGGGAGUUGUAGUUCUUUAAAACGGUUUCAGUCAGUUUCCUAAAUCUGAGGAGCGACGAUGAAAACGGUUCUGAAAAUGUUCUGAACGUUUUGUUUUGUUUUUUAUAUGAUGAUGAAUUUUAGUUUUUGAAUCUGAAACGACUGAAACACAGAAACUCGAUCUGCCUAAAAACAAACAUUUCAAUCUUUAACUUAUUUAUUUAUUUGAAUUUUUCUUCGUCCUUUUCUGAAAUUCACGUCUGUGUUUUGAUCUCUGAAGUGAACUUCGGUACGAGCUCCUCCCUCCAUCAUCAGAAAUGAACUUUAACUUUUUCAAACACAGUAUUUCAGGAGUUUUUCGACCCUUAAGAGCCUUUAAACACCUUAAGAAUUUCAGAGUAAAGGUCUCUAUUAAACCUUUGGUAAAAGAUUUAAUGACAGAGAUGAACUUUAGCCGUCAUUUCUCUAAAAUCAAAUUAAACUCAAACAUUUAAAUUCUAAAUUUUAUCUCUAUAACUUUAUUAUCAGUCUGUCGGAUUAUUUUCUGAUCCUUAAAUGUUCAAAACGUUCAAUCAGACGUUCAGAGUUAUUUUAUUAGAGACAUGAUUUAUUUUCGUAAUGUUUUACACCCGGACACACACACACAAACACACACACACACACACUGAAGUGAUUUGUGUAUUUAAACACUAAUUGUAAUGAUUCUUUCAAAAUAAAAGCUGCCCAUCAACAGACUGCC